AGUCCUGUCCUGGCGGGAAUGGAUUCUGUCAGGCACAAAGCAGGGCGCCUAUAUGGAGUGACGCACGCUCCUCCGUCUUCCUUACACAACAAAGAUGGCGGCGCCCUGUCGGAACUUGAUGAGGUCGGCUUUCCAAGGUUGGCAUCAGCUGUCAAACAGAACGUUGUGGAUAGGAUCGCCCUUUGAGAAGAUUGCUCAUCUCAGACUGCAAGAUGUCUUACACAGCAGAGCUCUACACUGCAGGCAUUACCCAUUACAAACCAUAACCAAGACUCCAUCUCAGGAAACUGCACACACACACAAACCGACAGAACACAAGAAAGACCAACAAAAGAAAGAAGAGGAGGAGGAUGAGGAAGACGAAGAUAACAGGCCUGAGUACAUCCCCAAAAGAAAAGCCAAAAAUCCAAUGAUGAAGAUUGGAUAUGCAUGGAUGAUUGGCUUGCCCACUGGAAUUAUUGGAUUCAUUCUGGCUAAAAGACAAGUGGAUAAGAACAGACUGAAGCAGCUGAAAAUCAGACAGAGAAUGAAGAAAUCCAAUGAGGGAGAUUACGACAGAGAGCGAUAUAAACCUGACUCUAGGAUGCAGUGAAAGCACCAUGAUUACAUUAGGACUUUAUUGUGCUACAGGAUGCCAUAAAUGAGCACUUAUCAUUGGGUUGCCAUAAGGGCAGGACAGACAUUAAAUGAGAGCAUUGUGGUGAUGGAUCAGAACAAAAUGAAGUGUUCAUUUUCUGCAUGUAAGAUAAAUUUGAAUGAGCGAAUUGAAUUACAAUUUUGUCUGAUCGAAACUAGAGUUGUCAUGGCAACAUGUUUGGGAAUGCUUGUACAGAAAUGUGAUAAAAACCUUAUAUGCAAUCAAAAUUAUAUAUUAAAAUCCAUGAAAUAUGA